AUGAAAAGGAGGGAACUUUUGGUCAGUUUAUGCAAAGCAUGUAACGAUGGGAAAUCAACAGCAAACUUACAUUCACAAAUUCUCAAAACUGGGUUUUCCCACGAUAGUUAUCUCACCACAAAGAUCACUUCUUUGUAUGCAAGCUUUAGUUCCAUUGAAGAUGCUCAAAAACUGUUCGAUGAAACGCCUCAAAGAACUGUUUAUCUGUGGAACUCAAUUCUUAGAGCUUAUUCAAAGCAUAAGCAAUGGAGAAAAACUUGGGUUUUGUUCAAAAACAUGGUAUCUGAUGAAAAAGGGGUGAAAGAUGUGCCUGAUAAUUAUACUCUGGCUAUAGUUUUAAAGGCUUGUGCAGAGUUGCAGCUGCUUAAACAAGGGAAGAUUUUACAUGGUUAUUUGUUGAAACAUGAAAAGAUUAGAUUGGACUUGUUUGUGGGUUCCGCUUUGAUCGAGUUUUACUCGAAAUGUGGUGAAAUGAGUGAUGCUUCCAAAGUUUUUGAUGAGUUUGAGAAACCUGAUGUUGUUUUAUGGACUUCAGUGGUAAGUGGGUAUGAGCAGAACGAUUGUUUUGAAAAAGCUGUAGCUUUUUUCUCAAGAAUGGUAGUCGAGGAGGGCAUCGAUCCGGAUCGUGUAACGCUCGUUAGUUUAGUUUCGGCCUGCGCUAAGUUGAUGAAUCUUAAGCUCGGCAAAAGUGUGCAUGGCUUUGUUAUUAGGAGAGGGUUUGAAAAUGAAUUAUCUUUGGUUAAUGCAUUGUUGAAUUUGUAUGCAAAGACAGGUAUAGUAAAAGCAGCAGAAGAUUUGUUUAAGAUGAUAGAAGGGAAAGAUGUUGUAACAUGGAGCGCGAUGAUUGGUUGCUAUUCUCAUAACGGAGCUUCUGUCAAAGCAUUGGAGCUUUUCAACGAAAUGAUCAACAAGAGAUGUCAACCGAACACGGUUACUGUCGUUAGUGCACUGCAAGCGUGUGCUGUUGCCUGCGAUUUAGAUGAGGGUCGGAGGAUUCAUGAACUCGUAACUGAGAGAGGUUUUGAUUUAGAAGUCUCGGUUUCAACCGCUCUGAUCGAUAUGUACAUGAAGUGCUUGUCACCUGAUGAAGCUGUUAAUGUCUUUAGCAGAAUGCCCUGGAAAGAUGUAGUAGCUUGGGUUGCUUUGUUGAGCGGUUAUGCUCUAAACGGGAUGGCUUAUAAGUCUAUCGGGAUCUUCAGAGAUAUGCUGUCUAGUGGAAUCCAACCUGAUGCUGUUUCUAUGGUAAAGAUUCUUGCUUCUUCUUCGGAGUUCGGUAUUUUUCGCCAAGCCGUAUGCCUUCACGGUUACGUCACCAGAAACGGCUUCGAUAACAAUGCUUUCGUUGGGGCUUCUCUCAUAGAGUUGUACUCAAAAUGUGGCAGCUUGGAUUAUGCAAUAAAAGUGUUUGAAGGAAUCAUGGACAAGGAUGUUGUUCUAUGGAGUGCUAUGAUUUCCGGCCUCGGAAUCCACGGACAAGGCAAAGAAUCAUUAAAGUUAUUUAACCAGAUGGUCAAGAGCUCGACAUCUAAGCCGAACCAUGUCACGUUCGUAUCCAUUUUAUCUGCCUGUAGCCAUGCAGGUUUACUUUCGGAGGGGAUCGAAAUAUUCCAUACGAUGGUAAAUAAUUACGGAUUGGAUACUGGCUCAGAGCAUUACGGCAUAGUUGUCGAUCUCCUCGGCCGUACCGGAGAGUUAGACAAAGCCGUGGACAUUAUCAACCGAAUGCCAAUUCCGGUUGAGCCACAUGUUUGGGGUGCCUUGCUCGCCGCAUGUCGGACUCAUCACAAUGUCGAGAUAGGUGAGCUAGCAGCGAAGAAUCUACUCGGCUUAGACUCUAACCAUGCAGGCUAUUAUAUUUUGUUAUCCAAUAUGUAUGCUGUUGAUGGUAAGUGGGGCAAUUUGGCACAAAUUAGAACAUUAAUAAAGGAGAAAGGGUUGAAGAAGAUGACAGGGCAAAGCAUGGUCGAGAUAAGGAACGAAAUCCAUAGCUUUGUUGCUGAUGAUAAGCUUCAUCCUGAAUGUGACAAGAUUUAUGAACUUUUGGGACAAUUGGGGGUGAUUAUGAGAUUGCAACUAGAACAUGUUUCCGGAAUUCUUUCAACGUAUUAUUGA